AAAAAGCUUGAGUUUGCCAGCCAGUACACCACUUUCCCGCCCACCUAACAUAUAUUUUCAUUUCUUCUUCUCCAUAUAAGUCUAUCUCCCCCAUCUUCGCAUGCACAUUGCACACCACCACCUCACUCUUAGUCUUUCCUCUCCAUAUUCUUGAAGAAACGAAAGCACAAAAAGAAAAAAAAUGAAGUCUUUCGUUGUCUCAAUUCCCUUCUUCCUAGUCGCAGUUCUCCUAUGUUGUUAUACCAUAAACAUUGCUCAUGCACAGGCCGCCUCCGGCCCGGCCCCUGCCGGUCCGACGAAUAUAACCGCAAUCCUCGAGAAGGCCGGCCAGUACACCACCUUCAUCCGCCUCCUCAAAACCACCCAAGUCGGUGAUCAAAUCAACAACCAGCUCAACACCACUAACCAAGGAUUGACGGUUUUCGCCCCCACUGACAAUGCCUUCUUGGGGCUAAAACCAGGAACUUUAAAUUCCUUAACCGAUCAAGAAAAGGUUGAGUUGGUUCAGUUCCAUGUUGUGUCCUCUUUCUACACAAUCCCACUCUUCCAGACUGCGAGUAACCCUUUGAGGACUCAAGCCGGGAACAGCGUCGGGUCUUUCCCGUUGAACGUCACAUCUGCGGGGAACCAAGUCAAUGUCACCACCGGAGUGGUCAACUCCACGGUGGCUAAUACAAUUUACACUGAUGGUCAGCUGGCAGUGUAUCAGGUUGAUACCGUGCUUCUUCCUAUCGGCCUCUUUGGAACUCCGGCACCAGCGGCGGCUCCCGCCCCAAACAAGUCGAAAAAGAAGCCGAAGGCAGUGGCUGAUGGUCCCGUCGCCGGUGGAGAUGCUUCUCCGACGGAUACGUCCGCUACAGUUGGCGUGCAUGGCAUGUUGGGGGCAGUUCUUGGAGUUGCGGCUUCGAUUGCGUUUAUGUUGUAACAUUUGUGUAUCGAAGGGUCGAGAUUGUGCCACGCGGUUAAGUGAAGUCAGUGUGUGUCAGAAUAUGGUGUGCCGAGUUUGAAUCGGACGGUAGAUAUUGAUUGAGUGGUUGCCUUCUGAAUAAUUAUCUAGGUUUUUAUUUUUCCGUACCAAUGCAAUGUAAGAAAAAUACAAAAUUCAAAUUUCAAUUUUUUCCCUAUUUGUAUUGCUUACCUUACCAACCAGAGAAAACACAAAAAAAAAAUUAUGGAAAGUAGUUUCUGUACAUAAGUUCUUAUAUUAACGUGUAUACGAAGUAUUUUUUUUGUUCAAACAUACACAUCUAUUAUUCUAUUAAUUUC